GCCGGGUUCACACUGUACGAUUCUGGCCACGAUUUGGUCGUCUGGGACAAAUUUUGUGAAUCCUAAAAGAUUCCUAUAAUCCUAGGCCAAAAUCUAUAGUCUUUGAUCGUUAGUUUGACGUGCUCCCCGACUGCCGAUUAACGGCCGUCACGAUCAAAUUUCUCCUCCGAUUAAAUUCUGGCAGUGUAGGAAGAUUUGAGGCACGGUCCUGUAGUGUGGCUUCUCCUACUCCGCACCAGUCUUCUUGCAUGCAUCUGUUUUUCGCGUCUUGACUGUCGUACAGUCUGAUAUUAAUCACAACUGAGAUCCUACAGUGUGACAUGGCUUACAGAGGGGAACAUGUUCAUAGGGUCUGACAGGCAACAGAUGCAAAGGACUAUUAAAUAUCACACCAUGUGCACCCGGCUUAAGACGAAAUAAUUGACCCUAAAGUGACUGAUUUAGUCGGACUGUUACAAAGUGCUGAAACUGGAGACUCCUUCCAUAAAUAUUAAAUAUACAUCCCCUCACAGUCAAUGUCGCUAGAUCGAUGACAUGAUUCAAUUAUUAUUAUUGUUUCAUUUGGAGUGUCCUCCUGACAAGACCCUGUAGAAGUUGUUAGUACAGAAACAAUAAUAUUAAGAGCAAGAGCACUGAUAUAAUCCCGAGGAACUACCGUCAGAGCCGUUAAGAAAAUUCAUCAACACUUUCUGAAUUUUCAAUCAGUAUAAUGCGGUUAGCAGCAUGAAGUCAUUGUAUGAAGUCUGUAUUCUAAUUGCACGCUAGCCGGCUAAUUCAGUCAGACCGAUUUGGUCUUUUGGGAAACUGCAGUGAUUUGCGUCUACGUUCCAUACAGGUUCUUCGGAUGGGUUCGUUCCAGUUUCUCAGCUUAAACACGACUUGCACUUCUUUAUCUUCCGUUCUUUAUUUUCAGCAACUAAAACAGCAGCGAGAUAAACUGAAGCAGUACCAGAGAAAACUGACCGUUCAGCUGGAGAAAGAGAGGCUUCUAGCCAAGCAGCUGCUGAAGGAUGGGAAGAAAGAAAGAGCUCUUCUGCUGCUCAAAAAAAAGCGGUACCAGGAUCAACUUCUGGACAAGACUGAGACCCAGAUAAGCAACCUAGAGCACAUGGUCCAGGACCUCGAAUUUGCUCAGAUUGAAGUAAAGGUCUUGGAAGGUCUGAAAGUCGGCAAUGACUGCUUGAAGAAAAUGCAUGAGGCUCUGUCCAUUGAAGAAGUAGAGAGAAUAAUGCUGGAGACACAGGAUUCAGUAGAAUAUCAGAAGCAAAUCAGUGAGAUGCUGGCUGGCUCUCUGAGCCAGGAGGAUGAGGAUGCUGUGCUGGCAGAGCUGGAGGCCAUCAUUCAGGAUGAAGAUUUUCAACUUCCUGAAGUGCCCACUGAGCCCUUGCCUGCAGUGCCCGAGCUAAAGAAGGAGAGAAAACCAGCGGAAGUGAAGCAGGAUGGAGAGGUUCUGUCGGCGUAGUAGCCGACGGUCUCGCGAUACGGAUCGCUCACACGUUAAUCAGUCUUAAUACGAAGACGCAAGCACACCGUGAACACACUGUUCUUUCCUGUCAGCUCUUCCCAUGAUUUUUCUUAAACCUGACUCAACAUAUGCAUUGCAUGUACUGGCUUUAUUUAUUGUGAUGAGGGUAAAAAUGUCUGCUUUGAACGGAUCACUGCCAUUAUGAUGAUGGUGGACAUUUAUACAAUUGUCUUCAGGUGUGGUUGAUAUUACAAGAUUCACCGAAUAGAAAAUCAUUACACAAUCUUGAGAUGUUUUUUUUUUUUUUUUUUACAAAAUGAGAACUUUAGAUAUGAAGGAACAUUCAACGAUCUUGUCCAUGAGACUGAUUUGAAGUAAAUGAUUGCAAUUCAAUUUCUUACUGUAUAUUACCUUGUACUAUGACCUUUUUGUGUAAGUAAAAUCCAUGUCAGUAUUGAUGAAAUGUGCAUUUGUGAAUCUAUACUCUAAAUCAGGGGUGUCCAAUCUGAUCUGGAAAGGGCCGGUGUGGGUGCAGGUUUUCAU